AUGUACUGGUUUGCGCACAGUCAGCAGAUAGCGGAGGCAUUCUGGUGCGUGAUGGGCGCUCACAAAACUCUCAGGCUUAAGACGAAGCUAGGCAAAAAACAAAGACAGAAUCGAACGUUGCCUUACUGGGCUCGUGCGCGUACAGGUAACCGCAUUCGAUACAACGCUAAAAGGCGUCACUGGAGGAGAACCAAGCUGAAGUUUUGA